AUGGCUGCAGGGGCCAAUCAGUUGGGAGACUAUUCCGGCAUCGGUCAUGAUCCAUUGGCAGCGGGUGAAACUGCACAGGAGACCGUGCGCGAUGCCCUCCCCUCAGAAGAUGAGGUGAGGUCAACGUCCUCAGAUGACAGUUCAGAAUCGGCUAGCUCAGAUGCCGAGCCUGCGGCGGAAGUGGAAGAUGCAAUGCCCUCAGUCUCUGCAGAUAUUCCCGGGCCUUGUUGGAUGAACAAGAAGAGCAAAACCGUGCACAAAGUUGGCAUGGCAGAUGAUACCACAUUUUGUGGUAGGUGCACCAUGUGCUACCGAGCAGAUUUGAUUUGCUCGCGGGAUGCAAUGGCGAGCCAUCUUAAAGAGAUGGCAGAUCGCAAGAAGCGCUGA